GGAGCAGCAGCAGCAGUUCGGCUCGGCUCGCGCAGCAGACGGCCGUCCGUAUCCACUUAUUUUCGGCUCUGCUCUCCUCCUCCACCUCUCUUUUCUUUCCUUUCUUCCUUUUCUGAAGCCGGUUGAGGAAAAAAAAAAAUGUCAGCCAGACCGGGAUUCUACCGGCAGGAGCUGAACAAGACCGUAUGGGAGGUUCCGGAGCGGUAUCAGAACCUGACGCCGGUGGGCUCUGGAGCCUACGGCACGGUGUGCUCGGCUUAUGACGUGGUCUCCAGGCAGAAGGUGGCGGUGAAGAAACUCUCCAGGCCCUUUCAGUCUCUGAUCCACAGCCGCCGCUCGUACCGCGAACUCCGGCUUCUCAAGCACAUGAAACACGAGAACGUCAUCGGGCUGCUGGACGUCUUCACGCCGGCGGCGAUACUAGAAGACUUCAAUGAGCUCUACCUGGUGACCAACUUGAUGGGGGCAGACCUCAACAACAUCGUCAAGUUUCAGAGGCUGUCGGACGAGCAUGUGCAGUUCCUAAUUUACCAGCUGCUCCGCGGCCUUAAGUACAUCCAUUCAGCCGGACUGAUCCACAGGGACCUCAAGCCAAGUAACGUGGCCGUGAACGAAGACUGUGAGCUCAGGAUACUUGACUUUGGAUUGGCCAGGCAGACAGACGAUGAGAUGACAGGGUAUGUGGCGACACGUUGGUACCGAGCACCAGAGAUCAUGCUGAACUGGAUGCACUACAACCAGAAUGUUGAUAUUUGGUCUGUGGGCUGUAUCAUGGGAGAACUGCUGAAAGGAAAAGUCUUGUUCCCCGGCACUGACUAUAUCGACCAGCUGAAGAGAAUCAUGGAGGUGGUUGGCACCCCGACACCGGACCUGCUGAAGAAGAUCUGCUCCGAACACGCCCAGAAGUACAUCCAGUCUCUUCCCUUCAUGCCCCAACAAGACAUGGAAAAGAUCUUCAGAGGAGCAAACCCUCUUGCCAUCGACCUGCUGAAGCGCAUGCUGGUUCUGGACUGUGAUGAGCGGAUCUCGGCCAGUGAGGCCCUGGCCCACCCUUACUUCUCGCAGUACCACGACCCAGACGACGAGCCGGAGGCUCCGCCUUAUGACCAAACACUGGAGAGCAAGGACCGGACUCUGGAGGAGUGGAAAGAGCUGGUGUUCGAAGAGGUGAGCAGCUUUAAGGCGUCGGGCAGUAAGACGGACAGCCUCCAGGCGGAGCAGUAAGGACCCCUCUGCUCCACCGCCACCCAGACCAACAACCACACACCCACUGGAUGCAAAACAGACCGUGGAGAAAAGCAACAUUAAUUGUGUUUGAUUGUUUUUGACGUGAAAAGGGCAACGGCGGUUUCCAUGGGGACCAAAUGCACAAACAUUCCGGGCGCAGGGAUCAUGUUUGGGACGGUGUUAAAAAGGACAUCUCUGCAGCAGAAAGUCACUUCCUGUUGCAUUUCCGCUGACGGACGGUGAAAUGAGGAACCGUUUGGGUGUCGAAAGGAUUGGUGGGGAGGGGGGGGGGGGGCUUUCAGUGGCAAAUCUGUCCUUACAGGCUGAGAAAAGAUAAAGACAAAGGUAUAAAUACGCAAACUAGGAUUUCCAAAGCAACGUCAGGGACAUAUCACCCAUCAGUUCCAUGAACCUAGUGCUUUCAUUUAUGGGAUUCAUCUUUAACCUUCUGGAGUCCCUUUGUUUUGGUUCGCCACCGACUACGUUUAAAUGACAGAGAAAUGUCAUGAAUCAACUGUUUUUUAAAAAUAUUAUUGCCAUUUAUAACUUCAGCUCUCAUCAUGUAAUAAAAGUUACAAAUGUUUUGCAAUUUUAACUCCUUAAAUGUCUAUUUUAGUGAUUAAAUAUCCCAAUUUUUUAAGAAAAACAAAGAAACAUAAAAAGUUGUUUUUUUUCCCCCCAAUCUGUUUAUGAAAUUUAUGGAUUUACGCAACAAGCAAAAACUAUGAAGGAAUUUCAACAUCAGGGGGAAAAAACUAAACUCAGAUUUCAUUGGUAGUGUGUUCUAAACAUGGCGUUCGAAUGGUAGUAAAUGGCAACACAACUAUUGGAAGGAACACAGUUUGUGAUAUUUAAUUUAUUAAAAACUUUAAAGGUAAGAUGGUAAAGAUUUCAUCUGGCCAUGUUUAACACAGGCUGCAUUAACAAUCGCGUUUUCCAAAACAAAAUGAUUUUUAAAAAGCGCCAGCACAAAAACAAGUUGAGGGACCCAGGAGGCUAAAGGUUAAAGGUCGCCGGCGUUACACUGAAGCAUGAUUUAUUCUCAUUUUACAGUCGUGUCUUAUAACUGGAACUGUAUUGUAAUCUCUCUCUGUUUAUAAUGCACAAUAGCAGAAUUUUCAACUUGUUCAGUCAAACAAACUGCUGCUUCGUCUCUCCUGCCUAUUUACACCUGAACACCAACUGUGCUGUUAUUAGCAAGGUAAUGAAUAUAUGCCAAAGCUGGAAGAGUGUGACGGCGCUGCAGGUGUGUGUUUACUCUGGAACCUCGCUCUCAUCCACAUCCUGCUGGCGGCUGAUUGUUGGUCACCUGUUAGCUUUGGCUGCUCUGCUUCAGGCUCCUUCGUUUGCUUUCCCGUAUGUGAGUUUACACUGAUUAACGUUCAAUUCUGCAGACAGCCUCAGACGGUAUCUAUCCAAUAAAGUACGGGAGUCUCAUAUAUAUAAUGUGGAGGUCAAUCAAACAACGCAACAUUCUGGCUGUUUAUGGCCACCAUAAAGCUCUGUUUGUGCUCUCCAGGUCUAAUGAUGGCGAUUAAAAGAAGAUAGAGUCUAACCAGGGUCAACUUUGUUUAGCUCCGUUUCUGUCUUUCAUCCUAAGCGCAACGUUUUUGCCCGACAUCAUCUGAUGCAAAUGCAUGAGGCGUGUAGUCGGUGCAUGUGAACAUUGUCACAGCGCGUCGUCCGUGUCUUGCUGCAAACUGGAGUUUUGUUCGGACCAUUCCCUAAAAAACAAAUGGCUACACUGCAACAUGAGAGGUUUCUCAUGUUGCAGAUAACAAUAACAAUAUUUUAGGGUCCUUCUAGAGUGUGCUAGGCAUGGGCUAGUAUGAUAUUCACCCAGUUCUACAUCAUAAACAUCAUAAAAAUACCACAGUGUCUCUCUGUUUGAAAUUUUCCAUAUAAAAACAAUGAUAUUUAGUACGGAUGUAACGACAUGGAAACGUCCUCUAAUCGUGCAAUGCAUCACAUUCACUGUCACAUGACCAAACCGAACCCACAUGACCAACCUCCUGCUUCUGAAACACAAACAAGACGGAAAUAAAGAUCAGUCGUUAAUAUCGACCCAGUUUUACUUAUCAGACCAAAACCAACAUGUUAAAAAAAGACCAACAUCAGCAUAUUUAUCGAUAUACAGUACAGACCAAAGGUUUGGACACACCUUCUAAUUGAAAUCAAUUAGAAGGUGUGUCCAAACUUUUGGUCUGUACUGUAUAUCGUGGAUUCCUAAAAUGUAGUCACUAGAAAUAAAAUUCAUAUCAUUAUCUAGUUGUUACAUCUCAGCUAUCAAAGUGCAAUCGAAAUACUACAAACAAAAUAACACGGCAUAUUGAGAAUUACACUUGUAUGAUGUUAACUAGAGCAUAUGCUUAUUUUUGAUAAACAGACUAUUUUCAAAAUGUAGAACAAAUAUGUGGUAAAUUAAUCAGAUGACCAGCCGGACAUCCUGCUUGUAAAUGUAUGACUAUUGUUUAAAAUAGUCUUAAAAAGAGUGAUGGCUGGUGCUGCCUUACUUUCCACUCUACCCCAACUAUCCACAACCGUAAGUAUUUCCAAAUUGCCAAAUGUGUUUUUCUUGUGAGUUAGAUGAAAAAUAUAGUAUUUUUAUUUCAGCCAGCUGAAAUAAGCUGAUUGAAAUAACGCCACAUCUGAAUAAAACUAGUGACUUUAUAGUGACACCAACUCUUCAUAACUUUAUAAAGAACUUUAAAUCAGAAUGGGAGAAACUUGGAAAUGAAAUAUUUGAUGUACCUUGAUGCCAAUAACUGGCCCAUGCCUAGAACAGUUCUAUAAUAAUUAAAAUUUUUGUUGUAAAAAGUUAAUUGCAUUUUUUAAUUUAGAUCAAGUUUGCCCAAGAUUUUUAUGGAAGCUAAUGCUAAUGAGUUUGCUUAAAUGGCCCUGAACACAUAGCUUAACAGGCUAGCUAAAGUGCUAAUAUUUUUCUAGUGUUAGCUUUGUUAGCUUAUUGGGUUAGAAUCUGUUGUAAUGUAACCAGAAGCAUUACAAUUUCAGAUUUUCAGGCAUUUCUGUAAUCUAGGGUAAUCUGUAACUUAUCAUUUUGUUUUUUAUUCAAAUGCACAAAAUCAAACUGUGCUUUUGGCUAAAUUCACUCAAGUUUAAUGUACCAGGUGUCAUUUACAUAUUGCUAAAUCAGCAGCACAAAGAGCAAAUGUUUACAAGUACAGUCCAAAAAUGUUUUUUUUUUUUAUUAUUAUUAUUAUUUCUUUUGCUUUCAUGUAGCAUUUUCAGCAUCCAUUAACGCUGGAUGAAAAAUAUUGAGACUAUUGUCCUAGAAAAGCGAAACGGUCUCCGUCUGAGUAUACUAAAAGUCUGAACGUUUAGACAUGAUGUGUUUAUGUUAAUGUAUCUGUGGUGGACUUGAAUAACAGCUGCAUACUGAAUGUAUAUGUUUACUGUAUGUAUGUAUGUUUGUUAAAAGUUAGUGUUGGCUUUUGAAUAAUGUUGGCAUGUGAUUCAGUUGUUUGGGUUUCAGAUCACUGCAAGGAAUGUCAGUUCUUUUAUCAACAGGUAGUUAUGGAAGUUUAAGCUUCAACAGAAUAAAUACUAAUGUUUUCUUGUUUUUUGUUGGGGUUUUUUGCACCAAAUAUUUUCAGUGAUUUUUAUGUAUUCUGGCUGUAUAAUUAAAGAAAAUGU